AUGCCAUCCAGGAAGGAAGACCCGGAAACUUCGGGCCACGUGAGCCACAGCCGCAUUCAGCAAGCACUGGAAGCCAGAGGAGGCCAGGGUAAUGCUGGAGACACGCAUCAUCACAGGGUCAACUUCGACAAAUAUCACCCAGGUUACUUUGGAAACGUUAGUAUGAGGCAUGAGCACUUAAAGAGGAACCAGAGCUUCUGCCCAUCUGUCAACCUUGACAAACUGCGGACCUUAGUCAGUGAGCAGGCACGGGUAAAUGCUGCCAGAAACAAGACCGGAGCUGCUCCUAUUCCUGACGUGGUGCACUCAGGCUACUACAAAGUUUCAGGAAAGGGAAAGCUCCCCAAACAGCCUGUCAUCGUGAAGGCCAAAUUCUUCAGUAAAAGAGUUGAUGAGAAGAUGAAGGGGGUUGGGCGGUGCUGUGUCCUGGUAGCUUGA